GUACUUGAUGAACAACACACACACACUGACAUCACACACAAACACAAAAACCGAUCAAAAAGAAAAAAAGGUUGUCUUAUUGUUUAGUUUUUUCCCCCUAAAAUCGAAACCUACCAGAAAGAUGCCACCGAAAAAGAUGGGAGUAAACAGCAAAGCAGAAGCAGCAAAGGCAAGAAAAAGCAACCAAGAAGCCGAACGCAAAGAAAAAACCGCCCGUGAAAAAGAAGAACAAUACUGGCGAGAAGCCGAAGGCGCAAAAUCACGAGCCGCCAAGAAACGUGAAGAAGAAUCCGAAAAGAAAGCCGAAGCCUUGGCUCGAAAAGCCGAGGCAAAACGGCUGGCAGAUUUAGAAGAAAAAGAGAUUGAAAAGUCUUUAAAGAAAGUGGAUAAGAAAGCCAACAGGGUUUCAAUUCCUGUUCCGAAAGUAACGGAAGCGGAAUUGAUUAAAAGAAGGGAAGAAGAACAAGCCCAGAUGGCGAAAAAGGCGGAAGAGGAAAAAAGGAAGUUGAGUAGGACUGCUAAAGAAGAGGAAUAUGAGAAGAUUGUUCUUGUUGAGAAUACGAAUCGAGACGAUUCGAUUAUUGAAGCGAGGUCUGUUGAAGAGGCUAUUGCAAAGAUGUCGGUUUCGGAUGCUUUGCCUGCUGAUAAACAUCCUGAGAAAAGACUUAAAGCUUCCUUUAAGGCUUUUGAAGAAGCAGAGCUUCCAUUGCUGAAAGCUGAGAAGCCUGGUCUCACUCACACCCAGUAUAAGGACAUGAUCUGGAAGCUCUGGAAAAAGUCUCCCGAUAAUCCACUUAACCGGGUGGCAGAAAAAUAGGUUUGUAUGUACCUCCUAUCUUUUCAGGUGGCGGAGAUAUAGGUUGUACAACUUGAACCGAGAUUCUGUACUUAAGCUCUGGGAAGACUUAUAGUGUGAUAUUGCGGUUUCAUGUAUAGGUCAUGAGAUAAGGUAACACCUGAAUCGUAGGUCCUGGACAACGUGUCGUCUUAGACCUGUCAUCGGUUUGGUAUGAAAUGGUUUAAACGUUGAAAUGAUAAAGUCUGUUUUUCUAUAUGAUGUAAUAAUUUCUGAAGAUCUUUUUUCCAAAUGUAUGAUUUGUUAAUUAUUUAUCUUACAAUAUGUUGAAUUAA